UAAUACACCUCGCCAUUGGUGAGGAUAAGUGUUUAUUUUUUAGUUUUUUUUUAUUUAUUAGAGUAUUGUCAUAAACAUGGCUUGGAAAACCAUUUGUUUUGUAUCGAUGUUAGUGUGCGUCCAAAGCUCCGUUGUCAACCUUCGGGAACGACAUAUUGCGCCCAAUCAAAAUGGAACCAACAUACAACAGCCCGACGACGCCUCGAUUGCCCCAGAUAAAUAUAUAGCAGGUGGCCACCCAGCGGCGAUAGGCCAGUUCCCGAGUAUAGCUCGGCUUUCCAUCAAGACCACUACUGACACCCUCCUAUGCGCCGGCUCUCUCAUUGGCGAGCGGCACGUUCUGACCGCCGCGCACUGUCUCGACCACGACAUCAAGUACUAUCAGGACAUCUCCAUCUAUUUAGGCGAGUACGACCGCAAGAGCUACCCAGUGGACUGUGUUAAAAACAAAUGCAUUAAAAACAAACUGGUCCAUCCGGACAAGAUUGUGAAGCAUCCUGAGUACAACAGUGUUACAGUAGAAAAUGAUAUUGCACUGAUGAGACUGCAGAAACGGGCUCCGCUAUCGGCGUACAUCAAACCUAUACCUCUGCCACCAUUUGACGUCGACCAUCCCAUAAAUAAAGGCGCCUCACUCGCCGUUGUCGGUUGGGGCGAAACGGAGUCUGCGUAUUCAUCUAACAUCCUUCUUGCCACCGAACUCACCCUCAUACCUAAGGCAGAAUGCUUGAGGCAAGAGUCUGAUGUUCCCGUUAAGCAUAUAUGUGCAGGCGACGCUGAGGGCAAAGAUACCUGUCCUGGAGACUCAGGCGGCCCGCUGCUCAUGUAUUACCAAGAAAAAUAUUACCUGUCUGGCAUUGUCAGCUAUGGACCUUCUAUGAAGUGCGGGACUUCUAAAAUAGGAUACUAUACAAAUGUUUAUAAGUAUAUGAAGUGGAUUAAAGGGAAUAUGAAGUAAUUUAAUAAUUAUAUACCGGUGACUAACUGAUAAAAUAAAAAUA